CUCUCUUAAUUCUCUCAAUACUAAAAUAUGUGUAACUCUCCUUCAUCACUUUCCUCACUCUCAGACGACCAGACAGCGCCCAACAUUAAUAGCUCCCCUGACAUGUUAACCCCUUUGAUCCCCAAAAGCCCAACAAGAACAGAUUCAUCAUCCUCGUUACAACAAAAACAACAACAGAACCCUAGCAGAACCCACCUCUCGCUCGCCCUCGCCGAGGCCGGAUCUAUAGCGUCGCUAUCCCUCCCCAUGAUCCUCACCGGCCUCCUCCUCUACUCCCGCUCGGCUGUCUCCAUGCUCUUCCUUGGUCGGCUCGGGGACCUAGCUCUAGCUGGAGGCUCCCUCGCCCUCGGCUUCGCUAACAUCACAGGCUACUCUGUCCUCACUGGCCUCACAAUGGGCAUGGAACCCAUCUGUGGCCAGGCCUUCGGGGCCCAGCGCUUCAAGCUAGUCGGUCUCACGUUGCAGAGGACUGUCCUCUUGCUCCUCUUGACCUCCAUCCCCAUCUCACUUCUUUGGCUCAACAUGGAGAGAAUUCUACUCUUCUUCAGGCAAGACCCCGAUAUAGCAUCCGAGGCACAGGCCUUCAUCCUCUUAUCACUUCCCGACUUAUUUACGCAGUCGCUCCUCCACCCAAUACGUAUCUAUCUCCGCUCACAGUCCAUCACCCUACCCUUAACAUAUUGCGCGGGUUUGUCGGUCCUACUGCAUAUUCCAAUAAACUACCUUCUUGUCAAUGUGCUUGGCUUCGGGAUUGCAGGGGUUGCACUGGGUGCGGUUUGGACCAACAUCAACCUCUUGACGUCGUUAAUAUUUUACGUUAUAAUCUCAGGCAUGUAUGAGAAGACUUGGUGCUCUGUCUCAUUGGAGUGCUUUAAGGGAUUCAAGUCGCUCGUGGACUUGGCCAUUCCGAGCUGCAUCUCUGUAUGCCUCGAGUGGUGGUGGUAUGAGAUUAUGAUACUGUUGUGCGGGUUGCUGUUAAACCCUCGAGCAACAGUCGCCUCAAUGGGCAUUCUCAUACAAACCACUGCGCUUAUUUACAUCUUCCCAUCCUCCCUAGGCUUCGGGGUGUCUACACGAGUCGGGAAUGAGCUGGGCGCUGGUCGACCCAAGCAGGCUAGGCUUUCCGCCACCGUGGGCCUCUUUGGGAGCUUCUUGCUCGGUGUCUCAGCCCUACUCUUUGCAUUAUCAGUGAGGAAGGUAUGGGCCAAAAUGUUCACGAAUGAGCCAGAGAUUAUUGCCCUGACAGCCUCAGUAUUGCCAAUCAUUGGUCUCUGUGAGCUAGGAAACUGUCCCCAGACAACUGGGUGCGGGGUCCUACGAGGGACAGCGAGGCCAAGGCUCGGGGCGAACAUAAACUUAGGAUGCUUCUAUGUGGUAGGGAUGCCCGUGGCAGUGUGGUUAGGGUUCUACGGCAGGCUAGACUUCAAGGGGCUGUGGCUGGGACUACUGGCGGCCCAAGGCUCAUGUGCAUUGACCAUGUUGGUUGUGAUGGCCCGGACUGACUGGGCACACGAGGCCAAGAGGGCUGAGGAGCUGACAGGACUUGGCCAGAGAAGCCUCACCAUAGUUGAUGGUGAUGGAGAGGAAGAGGUAUUGCUGAAGGAGGAUGACAACUCCUGGCGGUCACUUGGGGUCCGGAAUGACAAUGCGGCUGUUUUCACAGCAUAGAUUUUGGCGAGGGAUGCGGUGGAGGCUUCAGUGCCUGAGUCUCCUAAGCUUCAAGGGUACAAUUUACAUAGAGCGGCUAUAAUGUACAUUGAUCAAAAAGAGACCGGAUAUAUUGGCUUCUAUGAGGUAACUGUUGAACCAAGUCAUCUUGGCUUAUUUGUUGUUCAGUUCAAAGAGAUCAGCAAUGGUUGAUGCAGUGUACUUAGGUAGAGGUAACCAAUUGUUAGGAUAGUACUGAUACAUACGAUGAAUUUUUCUGGUAAAAUUGCUCUCAAGCAUUACCCAUGCCAGCUU